AUGAUGAUGGCCCAAGUCCGGUCGAUGGAGUCCCGCACGGGGCGGAAAAACCAACGGUACGGAUCCAAGGGCGAAAGACUCGUUGCCGGUGUGGUUCCUCUGUCGGCGGAUAAAACAAAGGUGCUUAUGAUACAGUCAAGUGGACCUGGGGGUUGGGUCCUUCCCAAGGGUGGGUGGGAGACAGACGAGGAGACGGCCCAGGAUGCAGCUUGCAGAGAGGCUUGGGAGGAGGCCGGUGUGAUUUGCACCGUACAGAGGGAUCUGGGGUUAAUCCCGGAUAUGCGUCCUCCCCACCUGCUGUCGGCCAGUGCGCCUAAAGCUUCGUACCAGUUCUUCGAGGUGACGGUGGAUCGUGAGGAGAGCCGCUGGCCAGAGAUGCACAAGCGGAAACGUCAGUGGGUUCCGUACGCCCAAGCUGCGUCCAUUCUUGCAAGGCGCCCAGAGCUUCUAGAGGCGUUAAAUCGCAGCUCAUUGAAGCGAUAA